AUGGAACCUCCACAUUCUGGGAUAGAGCUAGCUAGAAAAGUGCAUGAAUGUUUGACUGAUUGGGAGAUUGACAAUAGAACAUUCUCCAUUACUUUAGACAAUGCAUCUGUAAAUGAUAAUAUGCAGGACAUAUUGAAAGAGAGGUUGAGUUUGCAAGAUGAUUUCAAAUUAGUGAGUAAUGGAGAAUUUUUUCAUGUGAGGUGUUGUGCUCACAUCCUAAACUUGAUAGUUCAGGAGGGUUUGAAAGUUACAAGUUCUGCUUUGCAUAAGAUUAGAGAAAGUAUUAAAUUUGUGAAAGCAUCAGAGGCAAGGUCAAUUCUUUUUAAACAAUGUGUUGAGCAAGUUGGUAGCAUUAACACCUCAAUAGGCUUGCGACUAGAUGUGCCCACUAGAUGGAAUUCCACCUACACAAUGCUUGAAAGUGGAAUUAAAUAUCACCGUGCUUUUGCACAUAUGGCUAUCAAUGAUACAAAUUACAAAUUUGGUCUCACAAAUGAUGAGUGGGCUAGAGCAGAUGCGAUGUGCAGCUUCUUGAGGCCAUUUGAGAAGAUUACAAGCCCUAAUCUUGUGAUUCAAGAGAUGGCUAGGAAAAUGAAACAGAAGUUUGACAAGUACUGGAAUGAGUACAGUAUCAUUCUUGCACUUGCAGUAGUUUUUGAUCCAAGAUGGAAGUUUAAUAUAAUACAAUAUUGCUAUACGAAGAUUGACCCUAUCACUUGCUAUGAAAAGGUUGCUAAUAUUAAGAGCAAUUAUAAAGCUUCAACGGUCACUACUCAUCAUUCUGCCUUGGCUUCAAGUGUUUCAACAUCAGCCUCUUUUGAUGAUGCCUUUGAUGAUUAUCAAGAUAUUUAUGCAAUUAUGGACCAUUCUUCCUUGGAUAAGUCUGAACUUGAAAAUUAUUUGGAGGAACCAAUACUAAAGCCUGAUAGUUGGAAAGAAUUGGAUGUCUUAAACUGGUGGAAGAGUAAUCAACAUCGAUAUCCAAUUCUUUCAAGGAUGGCGGCUGAUAUUCUUAGCAUUCCGAUCACUACAGUAGCAAGUGAGUCAGCUUUUAGCAUCGGUUCACGCGCCCUAACAAAGUAUCGGAGUUCCAUUCUUCCAGCUAGUGUUCAGGCUAUCAUUUGCGUUCGUAAUUGGUUACAUGGUUUUGUGUAUAAUGAUAAUAAAGGUGAAGAAGAAGAAGAAAGUCUUGAUAUUUUUGCCCCUGAUGAGCCAGCUAUAAGUGGAUCACAAUCAAAUUUUGUUGAGCUUGAUGAUAGUGAAGAAGAAGAAGAUAAUGAUGAUGCUACCAACAUUUGA